AUGGCAGCGGUCGUUUCCCACGCCAAACCUUGUGUCCGGAGGCUAAUAGUGGGUCUUGGGAAUAUGGGCUCCGAAUAUCAUCGCACUCGGCAUAAUGUGGGUUUCGGAGUAUGUAAGACAUUUGCAUCCGAAUAUCUGCCAAAUAUGAACUCGGAUGAUGUUGAGUGGAAGUGGAGAGUGGCGAAAUCGUGCAAAUGUUCUCUUUUGCAGACAACAAUUCAUUUUAGUCAAAACUCGAGUCUUGGCCUUGAUCUAGUGGAUCAUGUUUCCGAUCGUGCUUGUCAAAAGACUGUAACCAACGGAGUUCCGUUUCCAAACAUCCAACUCUCGAUGUCGCUACCACUAACGUAUAUGAAUAACAGCGGGCAGUCGGUUGUGCUCUUUUCGAAGCAAAACAAUUAUCGACUCAAGGCUCCAAGCUCGAAGAACAAUAUGGACGAAAUUCUGAUUGUUCAUGACGAUAUCUCAAUUCCAUUUGGAGAAAUUCGAUUUAGUCCGAAAGGUGGCUCAGGAGGUCAGAAUGGUGUUAAGUCGAUUCUGAAGUGCAUGGCUACGGAGAAGAUUCCUCGUUUGCGAGUUGGGAUUGGCGCUUCUGCAGGAGAGGGACCGAUGCGAGCGGAUGCUCGUUAUGUGAUCGGUCGCUGGGACUGCACACAGUUGAAUAUUUUACCGUACGUAAUCCAUUUUGCGUGUGAAGGGUUACGUGUAUAUCUGCAUCGAGGAAUCAAUGCGGCUGCUAGUUGUUGUAACUUUAAAAACUGUGUCGAAGCGUAUAAGGCGUUGUACCCAGACUGUGAUUCGGGAAGAGUAAGUCGUUUUGAGCACUUUGAAGUGGAUGAUAUAGUGAACAAAAACUGA